UUUCUUCUAAGAAUAUUCACUCAUCUAUAGCCUUAAACAAAACCAAAUAAAACACAUAGAGCUUAAAAGUGUUCAACAUAAUGGCUAGGAAGAGAAAAAUUGUUGAAGUAGAAGAGAGAAAUAUAUGUGAUGGAAGCAUAGUUUGGGAUGAGAUGAUGAAAGAAGCUGCAUCACUCGAAGGAUCGAGGCGAACGCGAAAGCGAUUCGUUGGUGUUAGGCAAAGGCCAUCAGGUAGAUGGGUAGCUGAGAUCAAAGAUACCAUUCAAAAGAUAAGAGUUUGGUUAGGAACAUUUGAUACAGCUGAAGAAGCUGCAAGAGCUUAUGAUGAGGCUGCUUGUUUGCUUCGAGGUGCGAACACUCGAACAAAUUUUUGGCCUUGUUCUCAAUCUUCAACUAGUCCUGCUCUUUCUUCAAAGAUCACUAAUCUCCUACUUCAAAGGCUCAGAGAAAGGAAUAUGAAUAACUCUUAUUCUUCGUUUUCUUCCUCAACUUGUUCCACUUCACUUAUGAUCAGUGACCUGAUCAGGAGUUCAGGGGAGCAUCAGGAGCAACAACAGACUAAUGAUCAGGACCAGGACCAUCUGGUCCCGAUGCAACAAGUAGAUGUGUAUGGAGAUGGUUUGAAAGAUUUCUCAAUUGAUCAAUUCACCAAUUUCCUUAAUGAUAACGAAGAUUAUAGCGCAAGCAACCAUGAUAUCAUCAAUGACACUGCACAAUUUGAUUACAUUUCGAGUAGUUUCGAGUCUUGUUUAACCGAAAAGGAUGGCUGCAAUAAGGCGGAUGAUAUGGAUAUGGAAUACAACAACAACAAAUCAAACAAUGUGACACAAACUUCAAGUGGUGAUAGCAAUUCAUCAAGUGAAGAAGGAGAAGAAGGCAAUGAUUUUGAUGUUCCGGAUUUUCGAUUUCUCGACAAUAUAGCUCCAUCUAGUAGUUACUACUCACCUUUUGAGAUUGCUGAAGAGAUGGAGGAACCAGUGGAGGCAGAGAAUUUAGGUGAUGAGCCUUCAAUGCUAAGAAAUGUGAUGAAAAGAAUGAAAUAUGAGAGAAAAUUUUCAGCUUCUCUUUAUGCAUUCAAUGGAAUACCUGAAUGUUUGAAGUUGAAACUUGAAUCAGGAAACACAAAUGGAAGAGGAAAUAUAACUGAUCAAUUAAUUACAAAUCUUCAAGCAUCAUGUAGCAAAAACAGAAUUGAAAAGAAAAAGAAGAAGAAGAAUGAGGAUGAGAAAAUGGAAGAAAAUCAUGAAACAUCAAAUGAAAUGGAAAGUUCUUCUUUGUCAAGUAAUGAUGGAGAUCUUUUCCUAUGGAAUUCACUUGAUCUUCCUCCUAUUUGCUUUGUUAACUUACUUGAAAAUGGUUCAUUCAAUUAGUUUUAAUAUUUGUUAUUUAUUCAUUUCUAUGCUUAAUGUAUGCUAAUUGUCAACCAAAUUAUAUGAAUUUUAACAUAAAGUUUG